AUGGGUGGCUUCCCGUUCGAGCGCACGACGGUCGAGAACUUCCUGUCGCGCUACACGACAGAGACAACGCUGCCAACCGCACCAACGACGGUCAUGGCCGUGGAGGAGUUGUUCUUUAACGCGACUCCGCCAGAUCCGGGUCCGACCGCUAACGGAACGUUCGAGCUUGCGAUCGAGGAGUCCGAACCGACGUAUUCGCUCGCGCAGAUCAUCAUCCUUGGCAUUAUCGCGACCGUGUUGAGCAUCCUGACCGUCGCUGGCAACGUGAUGGUGAUGAUUUCGUUCAAGAUCGAUAAGCAGCUGCAGACGAUCAGCAAUUACUUUCUGUUUUCGCUCGCCAUUGCUGACUUCGCGAUUGGGCUUAUCUCGAUGCCGCUGUUUUCGGUGACGACCCUGCUCGGUUACUGGCCACUUGGGCCGCACAUUUGCGACACGUGGCUUGCGCUCGACUAUCUGGCAUCGAAUGCAUCCGUGCUGAACCUGCUGAUCAUCAGCUUCGAUCGGUACUUCAGUGUGACGCGCCCGCUAACGUAUCGAGCUAAGCGCACGACGACACGAGCCGCCAUUAUGAUCGGUGCUGCUUGGGGCAUUAGUUUGCUGUUGUGGCCACCGUGGAUCUACAGCUGGCCGUACAUCGAGGGUAAACGUACGGUACCGGAGAAGGAGUGCUACAUUCAGUUCAUUGAGACCAACCACUACAUUACGUUCGGUACCGCGAUCGCCGCGUUUUAUGUGCCGGUUACCGUGAUGUGCUUCCUGUACUACCGGAUAUGGCGUGAAACGAAGAAACGGCAGAAGGAGCUGAAGAACCUGACGGGUGACCGGAAGAAGGACUCUUCCAAGCGGUCCAACUCAAGUGACGAAAACACGGCCGUCAACCACUCGGGUGGCCACGUGCUACCAGCAAGCGUCGCCGAUCCUGACGGCUGGCGGAGGCCUCGCAGCGAAUCGUCGGCGGACGCGGAAAGUGUCUACAUGACGAACGCCGUCCUACCGGACGGUGCCUACGGCCACGGCAUGCUAUCGCGCCGAUCGAGCAUCACCAUCAAUGGCGUGCCGAAGAAGCCGACCACGUUCUUCGGUGGCAUCAAGGAGUGGUGCAUCGCGUGGUGGCACUCCGGGCGCGAGGACUCCGACGACUACGGGUAUGACGUCGAGGAACCGUCGGACUUAGGGUGCACCUCACUGAAUGUGAUCCGCGAUCCGUACGUUGCUGGUGGCGCUGCUGGUGGAGGGCGUAGUAACGUCGUCAGUAUGAUCCCGGAUAUAUCUCCAACGCCGGCUCGACCAGCGUUGCCACCUCUGGCUCACCUACAGGACAUGCACGGAGCGCGUGAUUCACGUUCGCUCCCGAGCAGCAAUCGGUUGGGGUCACGCUCCGUCAGCCAGGAUUCGGUGUACACGAUCCUCAUCCGCUUGCCACCUGAAGGUGGUUCCGGAGAUGAACGAGCACCGUCGAUCAAGAUGAUCCAAGAUGAUGUGCCGAUGUCGAUGACAGUUCCACCGAGGCGGCCGCUACCAUCACGCGAUUCCGACUACAUCAUUCCGGUGGCAGGUCGGCGUCAAUCGACCGCUACCACCGAUUUCCGGUUGCCGCUAUCGGCGAAGAUCAUCUCGAAGCCACUCUCGAAGCAACAGCAGCAGCUGCAUCAGGCCAAUCUCGCUCAGACCGCGCGGCAGGUGAAGAAGAAGAAAAAAUCCCAAGAGAAACGCCAGGAGACGAAGGCGGCCAAGACGCUGUCGGCGAUUCUGCUAAGCUUCAUCAUCACCUGGACACCGUACAACAUUCUGGUGUUGCUGAAACCGCUCACCGCCUGCACCAAGUGCAUCCCGCAGGAGCUGUGGGAUUUCUUUUACGCGCUCUGCUACAUCAACUCGACGAUCAAUCCGGUUUGUUAUGCGCUUUGCAAUGCCUCGUUCCGGCGGACGUACGUGCGCAUUCUCACGUGCAAGUGGCAUACGCGCAAUAGAGAGGCGAUGACGCGCGGCGUAUAUAACUAAGGGCGUUAGAAAGGAAAAGAGAAAGAGAGAGAGAGAGAAUGAUUACUGGUGCGGGAUAAUGAGCUGUUUCGCUACGACGGUGCUGGAGGAAGCAAACGUUAAGCAGUUUACAAGACAACCCCACAAAUGGGUGCAAUUUGAACGCGAUGUUCUGUCAAGUACCAGGCGCCUCCAUCAACAACCA